UCCUAUUUAGGCCCAACAUUACCGACCAGCAGCGAUUCGAUCAACUUCCAAACCUCUCGCUCGCUAGCUAAACCCUCGCCUCCGCCUCCCAUGGCGACCGCCGGCUGUACCGGCCGCUGGGUCCCGCUUGCCCUCGCCCUGCUACUCGCCGCCGUCUUCGCGCUGGCGCUCAUCCCGCAGGCCGCCCUCGCCGCGUCCGGCGGCGUCAUGGGCGGCCGCUCCUACUCCUCUUCCGAACCCGACGACUCGUCCUCCUCCAACUCGUAUUCGUUCUACGACUCGUCGAGCCACAUAUCGAUCGGCAGGCCGUCGCGUCGCCGCGCGGCCAAGGACGACGACGACGACAACUCGGAUGUGAUAUUCUGGGUGGUGUUUGUCGGUCUCGUUUUGCUGAUCGCUGCCGUUUGGUACUACUACGAGUACGAACGCCAGAGGACAACCGUGGUUAAGCUUCAGGUUGCCUUGCUCGGCUGGGCCAAACCGUUUCAGAGGGAAUUGAACGAGAUCGCGGAGAGAGUACAGGCUUCCAACAAGCAUUCGUAUAAAUUCAUGUUGACUGAGACCAUAUGUUCCUUGAGCCGUCACAGGGAUUCCUGCGUAUUUUCAAGCUUAUCAGUUAAUGUGAAAAAUGGAGUGGAUACUUGGGAGGCGCAUUUCGAUAAACUUUCUAUCAAGGAGAGGAGCAAAUUUGAUGAAGAAACACUUUAUAACUUGGAAGGAAUCAAGCAGACGAAAGAGUACUCCAAAAAGUUAGAUGGCUCCAGAAACGAAUAUAUAGUGGUAACCAUCCUAGUUGCUGCCAAGGGAGCACUGAAGUUCCCAAAAAUCACAAGACCCGCAGAUCUGGAAGCAGUAGUAGAAAAACUCAACUCUAUACCUGCAAGAGAAAUUCAGGGCGUUCAUGUUUUAUGGACUCCUCAAGAUGAGAAUGGCAUUCUUUCUAAAGAGAAGCUUCUAGCGGAUUAUCCUAAUCUCAAGCCUCAUAAUGAUUACUAGGACGGCGUCGUUUUGGUGUUUUCGUUUGCUAGGGUAACAAUGUAGAAGAAUAUGGCAUGGUAAUUUUUGGAAGUUACCGUGCAUCGAAACGAAUUAUUUAGAGUCUAGGCUGCAAAUGCCAUUCAUGUGACAUCACCUCUUGUAUUUCUACGUUUGUUUGUGAAGCAAUAGAUGAACUCUUCAUACU